AUGGCCACGGGGCGUACACCAGCCAAGACCAGGCUAGACCUGGAAGACAUGGAGCAGGAGACUCCUCUGUGGGUCCCACCCCUGGGGAUCCCUCCAGACAGACACACAGCAGAGGGACUACUGGAGGAAGUAGUGGAGGCAAAGGAACCAGCCCAGGAGGAUGACUCUGUCUCACUCUCCAUCUCUAUCCACAGUUACACCAGGCCUCUGGUGAAGGACAGGGACCCAAGGGGAGUCAACAAGUGUCUAAAGGUGACGUUUGAGGACGUGAUAGCUGAGCCCCCCUCGGUGCGGAGCUUCGAUAAGGUGUGGCUGUGGAGCUACGCCCUGUUUGAAGUGUCCCGUCUCUGGUGCUACCGGCUCAUCUCCCUCCUCCUGGCCGUGCCCGUCUCUCUGGUAGCAGGGAUCCUCUUCGCUGUCCUCAGCUGCCUACACAUCUGGCUGAUCAUGCCCUGUAUGCAGCUCUUCCUGAUCAACAUGCACAGGGUUCAGACCGUGUGGAGCAGUGUGUUAAACAUCGUCAUCACUCACUUCUUUAAGAGUAUGGGAAAGUGCUGUGGUAGCAUCAACGUCCGACUAGCCAGGGACUGA